AUGUGGAGGCCAAUUUCAACUCUCCAAUUGCUGCUUGUUGUCGCCGCAGUAGCAGCACCCGCAAUUGAAGAGAUAUCUACAUCCAUCUCGCGCAACAACCGCGUUAGCCCCAAGCCUCCCUUCAGUCCACUGCCUGAUACUUCCAGUCGCAGCAAAGUAUGCAAGGUAGACUCUUACGGUGAUGGCCGAGAUGACUCUGACCAUAUCCUCGCUGCAUUGAAAAAAUGCAACAAUGGCGGACGUGCCGUGUUUGAUAAGCAGUACACCAUCGGGACAGCGCUGAAUCUGCAGUUUCUGAAACAUAUUGAUCUUGACAUAACCGGGUACAUCCAAUUCACCAACAACACCGACUACUGGAUCAACAACGCCUUCCAGCAAGUAUUCCAAAACGCCACUACGUUUUUUGAACUGGGCGGUCAAGACGUGAACAUCUACGGCGACGGCACCAUUGACGGCAAUGGACAGGUUUGGUAUGACCUGUACGUGGAAAAUGCUUUGUUGCAGCGGCCAGUUCUCAUGGGAAUCACGGGCUUGGAUGGCGGCACUAUUGGGCCAGUCAAGUUGAGGAAUUCGCCAUCAUGGUUCCAUCUCGUGGCUAAUUCGUCCAACGUUUUGUUUGAUGGGCUGGAUAUCUCGGGGAAGAGUACGAGUGUGAAUCCGGCUAAGAAUACGGAUGGAUGGGAUACCUAUCGCUCGGAGAAUAUUGUCAUCCAAAAUUCCGUAAUUAAUAAUGACGAUGACUGCGUCUCAUUCAAGCCAAACAGCACCAAUAUUCUUGUCCAGAACCUGCAGUGCAACGGCUCUCACGGCAUCUCAGUUGGAUCACUAGGCCAAUACAUUGGCGAAACCGACAUUGUCGAGAACGUGCUAGUGUACAACAUAUCCAUGUUCAAUGCUUCUGACGGCGCACGCAUAAAAGUCUGGCCAGGCAUCUCCUCCGAACUCUCUGCCGACCUGCAAGGCGGCGGCGGAUCUGGCAGCGUGCAAAACGUGACAUACGACACCAUGUAUGUGGACAACGUCGACUGGGCCAUUGAGUUGACUCAAUGCUACGGCCAGAGCAACGUGACGCUGUGCAAUGAGUAUCCCAGCAAUCUCACCAUUUCGGAUAUUUUGUUUAAGAAUUUCACUGGCGUGACGGCGACGGCGGAGGAUCCGAAUAUUGCGACGUUGGUAUGUUGGGACAUAUACGCCGAAAAUAUCAAUGUGGUUAGCCCGAUUGGGACGAACGAUGCUGUUUGUGAGAAUGUUGAGGAGUCAUUGCUUCAGCUUAACUGCACAUAA